CCUUUCUUGAAAAAAUUCCUGCCCUCUCAUUGUUAAACCUUGCUUUAAAGCUGUCCAGCCUUGUCUGUUUGCAAAGCCUCAAACACAAGCCUAUCUCUCCCAGCUUUUCUCCUCGUCCUGCCGAAUCAUCUCGGAUAAUUCUUUGAUGGUUCCAUUUAUCUUACUUUUUGGCUUCAAUUGGAUGUUAUUGUGCCAUUAAUUGCAAUCGGCUCUUGAUGCCUUGACAAUAUAACCUGACAUCCAUCACAACAUACAGAACUCGCGCGCCAAUACGAUACAACAUCUCUUAGACGGAGCCUAUCUGUAUUCUUUCUUCUGCACCUAUUCCAAGUGUAACACUGCCUCCCACCAUCUAUACACUUAUACGUACCUAUCCACACCCAAAUCAACGUCCUUCACCUAAUUUUUACCUAUUUCAUCCACCGUCUUCCUUUCUUACCAGCUGAGUCCCAAAUCUCAAGCUGUCCAUUGAUCCAGUUACCGUGACCUCUGCCAGCAUUGAUAGCCCGCCACCUCGGAUGGAUCAGCCCCAAGACGACGUCACCAGCUACCCAAUCCCAAUAUAUCUCCAUUCUUGUUCUGGAGUUUCUUGGACUCGUCUGGCCAGCUCCGACAGCAGUCGAGCUUAAUUCCAAGGCUCUCAACCCUGGUGCCGUGGUGCCGUAUAUUGAUUCUAAAACAACAUUCUCUAGACUGUCUUAUCGCCUCAUGCUACCUGAAUGAUCGAGAAGGCCCCUACACAUUUGGCAACUGCCGACCUUACUCCAGUAUCUCCGGAGCCUCUUCAUCUAUCCUCUCCUGUAGUAGUACCUAGUCUGCAAGACCAGGCCGACACGCUGUGCACGAUGUCGCCAUCCAACGACGGCCCGGUCCCCUCGGCCUCUGUAGCAGCUGUGGAGCAAGCUGAAUCGUAUCAGAACAGUCUCCCUGCUAGUACCGGUCAAGAUAAUACUUAUAGUGGCAACACUGCUAUUUCACGUCGGGACGGUUUCGUCGUCGAUAUUAACGGUACUGGGAAUCAGGGUGAAAGAGCUGCAUUGCUCGGAGGUGAAAGAGACGCCCAGCACCCUGGUCAGCAGAAUGGUGCUGAGGUCCAGCAAGAUCAAGAUGUAUCCAACACGAUCGAAUCCAGUAUUAGUUCUGCUACGUCUGAUUCCUUAACAAAUGGUUUUGAAGUCACCGCUCCUUCACAUGACCUCUCUUCUACCUCUUCUACAAGCCCUGCUCAGUCCGUGCGUCAGCCUGCCCUAAACUUGAGCCCAUCAGAAGCCCAAGAAACCCAAGAGCCGCAAAAGCCACAAGAACAGGCUGUAAUUAAUUCGUCGACCGACAAUUCCGGUGUACCUCAGCCACCUUCAGCAGCGCCCGCUGGGGAGGAUGAUCGCCCAUCAAAUGCUGCCAAUAAUGAGCAAGACAUCCAAAACAUUCUCGAUCAGAUUAUAGGAAAUGCCUCCGUGGGUAAUGCCAGUCAAACAGUGGUUCCGCAGAGUUCUGCCAACAUUCCUGCUCCCCCGCAAGCAGUAUCACUGCCACCUAGACCCCCAAUGCCGCAGUUCCCCCCUACCCAGCCAUAUGUGCAUCCCGAUGAUAGUCUCAAUUACCAAUCAGCAUUAUCCUAUCCUAAUGCCAACGCCAACGCCUUAUCUACUCUUCCGCCAGCUCCUGGCACUUACUCUACUGGGGCUCCCGGAACGGCUCUAGAAGCCCGUAAUAGCAAUAGCCUUCCACCCCCACCAGCCUCGUCCCUUAAUGCCUUGCCAAUUCAUUCGUUCCCGGUGCCCCAAUUUGACCCUACUUAUGCUGCAGCUACAGGUACAGGUUCUUCGUCGCAAGCUUCUGACCAACACCCACAAUGGGAAGCUUUUCUCCAGGAAGAACGUCGUUACGUAUCAGAAGCCAAAUGGGACCGUUUCCCGGAAGGAUCAAGAUUAUUCAUUGGAAAUCUGUCUAGUGACCGGGUCUCUAAGAAGGAAGUCUUUGAUAUCUUCUCCAAAUAUGGACGUCUCGCACAAAUUUCUCUCAAACAGGCAUACGGUUUCGUGCAAUACCACACUCUAGAGGAAGGUCAGGCUGCCAUGGACCACCUACAAGGGAUAGAAGUCAGGGGGCGUAAAAUCCACCUUGAAUUCUCUCGCACUCAAAAGAAGGAAGGGGAUGGGGAGAGGCGAGGAAACAGGGUUAAGAAAGAAAACGAACGUCACGAUGGUGGACGCGGACGACGUGACGAUUAUCGCCCAAGUCGGCAGCCAUCCCCGAGGCGGGGAAGUCACCGACAGCAUGGUUCUUAUGAUGGUAGCCGCGGUUAUUAUAACGACUAUAGCACUCGUGCGCGCUCGCGAUCUCCUGGCUACGGAAGACGCGACUCGGACCACUACCGUCGCCGAAGUCCUAGCCCCUAUCGUCGACAUCCAUCUGAAGUAGAGCUCGAUAUUCCUCGUCGCUAUGGAGGUGAUAUUCCAGAUGUACAGUUCGUACUACUCCACGAGCUCGACAGAGACUUUAUACGCUGGGCCGAGAGAGCCUUUCUCAACCAGGGAUUAAGGGUGCAGGUUAUGUUCCUUCAUCCUCAUUUACCUCGAGAAGCCGUGAUCCAGCGUCAAGUGAUGGAAGGCGUCCAUGCGGUCGUCGAGCUAGAUCAUCGAGCACAACAAACUGGUGUUAUCUCCUUGCAAGUAUUUAAUCGCUCCGGCGGACACGCCAAUGUUCAGUAUGAUCAAUACCAGGACCUUGAUCCCAACAUCGCCGCGCAGCUAGUCGGCCGCGCCAAAUCUCAAGUUCAACCGCACAAUCCCUACGGCGUUCAAUAUCCGCCUGUCCAAUAUGCACAACCCCCACAGCCUUCUUACCCACCCCCGUCAUAUACUGGCCAACCUUAUCCUCCCGCCAAUAUUCCAACCGGUAAUCCGAGUGGCUCUUUAGAUAACGCCACAUUGCAGAAGAUCCUAGGUUCUCUCCACAACCAACAAGGUGCUCCACAGGCUCAUUAUCCCGCGCGAUCGGCUGGAGGCGCGCCUGUUGAUGUAAAUUCGGUACUAGCAAGCUUAGGGGGAGCCCACAGCAUGGGGGCUGCUGGGCAUAACCAGCCGCACAGCGCAGGUUACCCGCCUGUGCAUCCGAAUGGUGUUCCCAGUGGCGAUUCUUCACAGCACGUCCAAAAUAUCAUGGCACAGUUGGCGAGAUACCGGCAGUGAGCUAAUAACCCCUGUAUAUAUCCUGAGAUGAGUCACUAGUCGAUCUCGUCUAGCAUCUUGCCAUUGCGUGCAGUGUAGAUAGAUGCAUCUGCCAUCCAUGGGAUUUAUGGAAUAGGUGUUAAUGCUUUGUACGCAUAGAAAAGAUGAUAGCUUUUGCUAAGGGCAUGAACAUAAACGUUGCGAUGGCGACGUUUGCCUAAU